GCGCGGCAUGAGGGGGCCGGGCGGGCGAGCGAGCGAGCGAUGAGCAGCAGCGGGAACAGCAAGAGGGCGUCGGGCGGGACGAAGGACGAGAGGAAGAAUGCCUCGAGCAAGGAGGAGAGCCCCGUGACGGGGAGGGGGGACGAGGGAUCGGGGAGCACGGGCGGAGGAGCGAGCGCGGAUGGCACGCCGCAGCCCGGCAGCAAGCCUGGAUCGGCGGGGGCGAGCAGCAGGGAGGCCGUGCAGAAGCUCCUCGCGCUUGCUGCGCGCGGGGAAUGGGCGCCCGCGGACCAGCUGCUCAAAUCCUUGGAGAAGGCGGCCCAGAACGUCGGCGAGGAUGGAGGGCCCCUUCUCCCUCUCGCAAGCGUCAUGGACCCGGGAACGGGGAUGACGCCGUUGAUGUACGCCGUGAAGGACAAUCGCACGGCAUUGCUCGACCGAAUGAUCGAAUUGGGGGCGGACCUAGGCGCCAGAAAUAACGACAAUUACAAUGCUCUUCACGUCGCGGCUAUGUACUCGAGGGAAGACGUGGUUAAGCUACUCUUGUCGAAACGGAACGUCGAUCCUUACGCUACUGGAGGACCGAGGCAACAAACUGCUAUACACUUGGUCGCGUCGAGACAGACGGGUACCGCGACCUCCAUUUUGAGAGCUUUACUGGCAGCCGCCGGCCGGGACAUCAGGUUGAGAGUCGAUGGGAAAGGAAAGAUACCGUUGCUGUUGGCGGUGGAAGCUGGGAACCAAUCAAUGUGCAGGGAAUUGUUGGCCCAACAGGCGCCCGAUCAGCUACGCGCGACCACCGCGACCGGCGAUUCGGCGCUCCAUCUCGCGGCCAGAAGAAGAGACAUCGACAUGGUGCGGAUAUUGGUGGAUUACGGGGCAACGGUGGACAUGCAAAACGGCGACGGGCAAACAGCGUUGCACAUAGCGAGCGCGGAAGGCGACGAGACCCUCGUCAAGUAUUUUUACGGCGUGAGAGCGUCGGCCUCCAUCACGGAUCAUCAGGAUCGCACGCCCAUGCAUCUGGCGGCGGAGAACGGGCACGCUUCCAUCAUCGAGCUGCUCGCCGACAAAUUCAAAGCGAGCAUAUUCGAAAGGACGAAGGACGGAUCGACGUUGAUGCACAUAGCUUCGUUGAACGGACACUCGGAAUGCGCGACGAUGCUGUUCAAGAAGGGAGUGUACUUGCACAUGCCGAAUAAGCGAGGGGCCAGAUCUAUUCACACAGCCGCCAAAUACGGCCACGUCGGGAUCAUAAGCACUCUCCUGCAACGAGGGGAGAAGGUGGACGCGACCACCAACGACAAUUACACCGCGCUUCACAUAGCCGUGGAGAACGCGAAACCCGCUGUGGUGGAGACGCUGUUGGGAUACGGGGCUGAGGUUCACGUUCGAGGUGGAAAGCUUCGAGAAACGCCUCUUCACAUAGCUGCCAGAGUGGCGGACGGCGACAGAUGCGCGCUCAUGUUGCUUAAAUCCGGCGCCGGGCCGAAUUUGACCACCGACGACGGCCAAACGCCAGUGCACGUAGCUGCCAGCCACGGAAACUUGGCCACGUUGUUGCUGCUCCUGGAGGACGGAGGUGAUCCCAUGUGCAAGUCGAAGGUAAACAGGGCAGGGUUCACCGCUGUUCACCUGGCAGCCCAACACGGCCACGGCCAGGUGUUGGAAGUGAUGAGAUCCUCCCAGUCCCUUCGCAUAUCCAGCAAGAAGCUUGGCGUUACCGCUCUUCACGUAGCCGCGUACUUUGGCCAGGCUGAUACCGUGCGAGAAUUGCUGACCCACGUGCCCGGAACGGUGAAGUCCGACCCCCCGACAGGCGGCUCUCUCGUAGGAGAAUUGGGAAGCGAAUCUGGAAUGACGCCUCUUCACUUGGCCGCUUAUUCGGGGAACGAGAACGUCGUGCGAUUGCUCUUGAACUCGGCCGGUGUGCAGGUGGAGGCGGCGACCACGGAGAACGGUUUCAAUCCUUUGCACUUGGCCUGUUUCGGGGGCCACAUCACUGUGGUCGGUCUUCUGUUGAGCAGAUCGGCCGAACUGUUGCACAGCUCCGACCGUUACGGUAAAACAGGUCUUCACAUAGCGGCGACUCACGGCCACUACCAAAUGGUGGAGGUGCUUCUCGGCCAGGGCGCGGAAAUAAACGCGACCGAUAAAAAUGGAUGGACGCCGUUGCAUUGCGCGGCGCGGGCCGGUUACCUCGACGUUGUCAAAUUGUUGGUGGAGAGCGGGGCGUCCCCCAAGAGCGAAACCAAUCUCGGCAGCGCGCCCAUUUGGUUCGCCGCGUCCGAGGGCCACAACGACGUGCUCAAGUAUCUAAUGGAAAAGGAGCACGAUACUUACGCCUUGAUGGAGGACAAAAGGUUCGUCUACAACAUGAUGGUGUGCAGUAAGAACAACAACAACAAACCGAUCGAGGAAUUCGUGCUGGUUUCCCCGGCACCGGUUGACACGGCCGCCAAGCUGUCCAACAUCUACAUGAAAUUGUCGGAGAAGGAGAAGGAGAGGGCGAAAGACUUGAUAGCCGCCGGCAAGCAAUGCGAGGCGAUGGCCACGGAAUUGUUAGCUUUGGCCGCGGGCGCCGACUCGGCCGGGAGGAUUCUCACCUCGAUGGACCGUAGGAACGUCGAGUUUUUGGACGUGCUGAUCGAGAACGAGCAGAAGGAGGUGAUCGCGCACACGGUUGUCCAACGGUAUCUCCAAGAAUUGUGGCAGGGCAGUUUGAACUGGAACGCCUUCAGGACGAUCCUUCUGUUCGUCGCGUUCCUCGUCUGCCCCCCUGUCUGGGUUGUGUUCGCCCUCCCCCUCGGCCACAAGUACAACAACGUCCCAAUUAUAAAGUUCAUGUCGUAUCUAACCUCUCACAUAUAUCUGAUGGUCUUCCUUUUGCUGGUCGGUAUAAUUCCUAUAUACCCUGUGGUAAGGGCGAGCCUGUUACCGUAUUGGUACGAAUGGUGCCUCCUCGUCAUGCUGUCCGGAUUAUUGCUCUUCGAGCUGACCAACCCGAGCGACAAAAGUGGAUUAGGCUGGAUUAAACUGGCCGUGCUGCUGUUUGGAAUUUGCGGGGUCGCGUUCCAUCUAAUGGGUUUCGUGAUCGUCCACCGACCCUAUUGGCCAACUUUACUUUACCUCAGGAAUCAACUGUUCGCCCUGAGCUUCUUGCUCGCCUGUGUGCAGAUACUCGAUUUCCUCUCGUUCCAUCAUCUGUUCGGCCCGUGGGCUAUCAUCAUUGGUAACCUGAUGAAGGAUCUAGCGAGAUUUCUCGCCGUGCUGGCCAUCUUCGUGUUCGGUUUCUCGAUGCACUUUGUUGCGCUGAACCAAGCCUUCGAGACCCAGUCGGAUGGCGGAAGGCGGAUUGAUGACAAAAAGAAAAAAGGCGUCUUCAACGACGUCAGGAUGAGUCCCGUAUUGGCCGUUGAGUUAUUGUUCUUCGCCAUCUUCGGUCAGACGACCCACGAACAAUUCAAGGUUGAAAUAACGCAGCCCGAAUGGACCAAAGUUCUCUUCAAGCUCACCUUCGGUAUUUAUAUGCUGGUUUCGGUGGUUGUGCUGAUUAAUCUUCUAAUUGCCAUGAUGAGUGACACUUACCAAAGGAUACAAGCUCAGUCCGACAUCGAAUGGAAAUACGGAUUGAGUAAGCUCGUUAGAAAUAUGCACAGGACAAACACGGCGCCAUCAUCAUUGAAUCUUCUUACCACCUGGAUAACAUAUUUGUUCAAACACUGCAAAAAACGGGCUGCGAAAAAACAACGACCUUCUCUUGUCCGCUUGAUGGGGUUGCAAAGAACUGAUGCUCUUUCACCACGCUCCAAAAUGGGCACCAAAUGGUUAUCCAAAGUAAAAAAGACUCAAGUGGCUCAUAAAGAAAGUAUUGCCUUGUCGGUUGUUCAUUUAAGUCCUCUUGGCAGUCAAUUAUCGUUUAGUAAUGCUGUCAGAAUCGAUAACGUUGUCGAUUGGGAAGCAGUCCGACGAAAGUAUCGAGAUCUUUAUGGUGAAAAGAUCGAAAAACAUACUGAAGAAUCGAAAGAUAUUAUCGAACACGACCCUCUACCGGCUGUUUUGGAAAGUUCAUUGGCCGGUGUUCCCAUUGGAAACCAAACUAUAUCUACUUCUGUUUCUUGAAUCGAUUACUUUUCACAAUCGAUAUAUUGAUUAGAAAAUGGAUCUAUUUGAAUAUAUUCUAUCUAAUUGAAUAUAUUUUUCUGAUAUUAAAUUAUUAAAAUAAAACGUACGAAUUUAUCAUUUUCCAAUAUAAAUGUACAAUCUUGCAUCUUGCAUUUGAUCUUGAAAUAAACAUCAGAGAUGACCGGAUCA